AUGGUUAUCGGUCUUCUGAUUAUUGCGGGAAUUCCCACAACAAUAGGCGUCUGCGAAGCCUUGAGUGCGCAGAAAAAAGCCAAUAACGCAUCUAAAGAGAAAGCCAAGUUCCAGUUGACAGCCGCUAUAUCCCUCGAUGGAGGACCGUCGGAAGAGUGUUUUUGUGUGUUGAGAGAUGGAAGAUUAUGGAUCGACCAUCCCGACUAUCCCAUGCCAGGCCAUAGGUUUAUGGGCUACUACUUCACAUACCCCUCUGAAGAGAAGCACCUCGGCAUGGUGAGCACGAUAGCAGAUGAUCCGCCCAUGCUAAACUGGAUUUAUUGCGAUAAGGACACUGGCAUGGUCAAGCACGGCGGCCGUCAAGCUACCAUUGGGCAUACCAUCGGUCCUUGGUACUGGAGCGAUGACGAGACGUGGCUGACGCUCGAAGGGGAUACCCUACAGUUUGUUGCUGUUCAAGACGAGGAAACCCAGAGAUGGUGCGUUUACUGGGACAAGGAUAGGAAGAUCAGGGGAUCAAGCGGUAACUAUGGUGGAGAGGAAGACUAUUCAGACGAGGAAUCAGAGGAAGAAUCGGAAGAGUCAGAAGCGGAAGAUAAUUCUGAGUUUAGCGGCAGUGAAACCGGGGAACCAAGAAAGCCCAUAAAGACAUUUGAAAAGAAACCCAAAAAGGAAGCUGGAAAGAACGAGGGCCAGCAAACCGGAGGUGGAGACACCAAGGGGAAGAAGACAGAGGUGAAAACGGAGGACAAGCAGGAUAAUGGUGGGGAAGUUCCUCCUGCACUGCCGCAAGUACAGAAGCCUAUGAAAUGGGUUCCUAUCCUGCUGCGUCGUCGAAUGCAGUUAGGGAUGGAAAGCCGAUACGUCAAGGGCGCCAAUGGCUAG